AUGCAAGUAGUGCCUUCUUUUCUCAUCUGGGUCUCUCACUGGGGAGUCACAUGGACUCUGACUACUGAGUAUGCACAAGAGGAAGCCUCACACAUCUGUGUGCAAGAUCUGCCAAAUAACCGGCAACCUUAUGCUGUCAGUGAAUUAGCAGGUCAUCAGACCAGUGCUGAAUCUUGGGGAACUGGCAGAGCUGUUGCUCGAAUUCCUUGUGUUAGGGGUGGAGGCACUCACCGCUCUGGCCAGGGUGCUUUUGGAAAUAUGUGUCGAGGAGGUCACAUGUUUGCUCCUACCAAGACUUGGUGCCAUUGGCAUCGCAGAGGGAACACAACACAAAAACAUCAUGCCAUCUGCUCUGCCUUGGCAGCCUCGGCCCUGCCAGCACUGGUCAUGUCAAAAGGUCAUCGAAUUGAAGAAGUCCCAGAACUUCCCCUAGUGGUUGAAGAUAAAGUUGAAGGGUAUAAGAAGACCAAGGAAGCAGUUUUGCUGCUUAAGAAGCUGAAGACAUGGAAUGACAUCAAAAAGGUCUAUGCUUCUCAGCAUAUGCGAGCUGGUAAGGGUAAAAUGAGAAACUGUCGUCGGAUCCAGCAUCAUGGACCUUGUAUCAUCUAUAAUGAAGAUAAUGGUAUUAUCAAGGCCUUCAGAAACAUUCCUGGUAUAACUUUACUUAAUGUGAGUAAAUUGAACCUUCUGAGACUUGCUCCUGGUGGGCAUGUGGGGCAUUUCUGUAUUUGGACUGAAAGUGCCUUCCGCAAGUUAGAUGACCUGUAUGGUACAUGGCGCAGGCCUGCUAUCCUGAAGAGUCACUACAAUCUUCCCAUGCACAAGAUGACCAACACAGACCUUACCAGGAUUUUGAAAAGCCCAGAGAUUCAGAGAGCCCUCUGUGCACCACGCAAAAAGAUUCAUAGACGAGUACUCAAGAAGAACCCACUGAAGAACUUGAGAAUCAUGGUGAAACUGGACCCAUAUGCCAAGACAAUGCGCCGGAAUACAAUUCUCUGACAUGCUAAGAAUCGGAGAAUCAGAGAAAAUAAGAGAGCUGCCGCACUAAAGAAGAUUAUGGAGGCCAAAAAAGAGGCAGAAGAGAUGAAGAAGCUUGUAGGUAAGAGAAGCGCAAGAGCAAAGAAGGCUCCAGGGCAGAAGAAACCAGGAAAGAAGCUUCCAGCAGCAAAGAAAGCUGGGGAAAAGAAGCCCACAGCUGAAAAGAAAUCUGCCACACAAAAAAACCCUACAGCUGAGAAGACUGCUGCAUAA